AUGCCACCGACCAAACAAUUAAAACUGUGUGAAAUGGCUAAAAUGAAGAAAAACGAGCACCGCAAAGAAAACCAAGAUGGCGACGAAAGAUCCAACAUGUCGGACGGCCAAUCUGACUAUGAGUCGGGAUCUUUCAAAUACUCUGACUCACCAGUUACAGAACAUAGCCUACAUAAGAUGCUACAAGAACUCCGUACAACAAUCACUGCAGACUUCCACCGUAUUGAUGGAGACCUGAGAAGGGAAAUAUCUAGCCUUGGCGACAGAACCAGUCACCUGGAAAACAGGACAGAAGAAUUAUGCGUUGCCAAUAACGAAGUAGUAGACAAAAUACAAAAACUAUCAGAAGAAAAUGAAACACUAAAACUAAAAGUAGCUGACAUGGAGGACAGAUCGAGAAUACAAAAUGUACGUUUCAGGGGAAUGCCCGAUGAUGUCUCUCACGACGCCCUUCCAGCCUACAUACUCUACACCUGCAAAUCACUAGUUCCGGGCCUACCAGAUUCCGCGUGGGCCUUCGAUCGCAUGCACAGGUUCCCGUGUCCAGCCCGUCUUUCUAGCGAGGUACCUAAAGAUCUCAUCGUUAGAUUCCACUAUUUUGCCCACAAAGAAUCAUUACUGGCAGCAGCGAGAAAGAUACCCACGCUUCCGGACCCUCACCAAUGGAUCACCCUGUUCGCGGAUCUGUCAGCAACCACGAUUGUGAAACGCAAAGAAUUUGUCACAAUUACAAAGACACUUCGAAAUAAUAAUGUGGCCUAUAGAUGGGGUUACCCCACCAAAUUGAUUACAUGGCGUCAAGGGAAAACCCAAGUGAUCACCGACCCUACCGAAGGAAUGAAACUACUUACAGAUUAG